AAUUGUGCUUUUCCAGCAUGCUUACUGACCCUGAUUUACCUCAGGAGUUUGAAAGGAUGUCUUCCAAGCGACCAGCCUCUCCGUAUGGGGAAGCAGAUGGAGAGGUAGCCAUGGUGACAAGCAGACAGAAAGUGGAAGAAGAGGAGAGUGACGGGCUCCCAGCCUUUCACCUUCCCUUGCAUGUGAGUUUUCCCAACAAGCCUCACUCUGAGGAAUUUCAGCCAGUUUCUCUGCUGACGCAAGAGACUUGUGGCCAUAGGACUCCCACUUCUCAGCACAAUACAAUGGAAGUUGAUGGCAAUAAAGUUAUGUCUUCAUUUGCCCCACACAACUCAUCUACCUCACCUCAGAAGGCAGAAGAAGGUGGGCGGCAGAGUGGCGAGUCCUUGUCUAGUACAGCCCUGGGAACUCCUGAACGGCGCAAAGGCAGCUUGGCUGACGUCGUUGACACCUUGAAGCAGAGGAAAAUGGAAGAGCUCAUCAAAAAUGAGCCAGAAGAAACUCCCAGCAUUGAAAAACUACUCUCAAAGGACUGGAAAGACAAGCUUCUUGCAAUGGGAUCAGGGAACUUUGGCGAAAUAAAAGGGACUCCUGAAAGCCUAGCUGAGAAAGAGAGGCAACUCAUGGGUAUGAUCAAUCAGCUGACCAGUCUGCGAGAGCAGCUAUUGGCAGCGCAUGAUGAGCAGAAGAAACUGGCUGCAUCUCAGAUUGAGAAACAGCGCCAGCAAAUGGAGCUGGCGAAGCAGCAACAGGAACAGGUGAGUAAGCACCAGGGAC